AUGCUUCCCGCAUGGGCUGUCAGACCAGCCUUCCGCUCGCUGCCGGGCCUCCGAGGUCCUUCAUUGAGUUCGCAUCACCUUCCGAGACAAUGGUACUCCGACAAGAAAACCGCCGGCGCGCCGGUCACGCCCUCCACCGCCGAACAUGACCUCCCCGACCACCGAAAGCUGGGCAUUCGGCAGGAGCUCUUCACCACCUCCGUCUACAGUCCCGGCUCGCCGAUAUUCCUCCCGAACGGCACGCGGGUCUUUAACCGCCUGGUGGACUUCCUGCGGCGGCAGUACGUCCACUACGGCUUCGAAGAGGUCAUCACACCAAACAUCUACAAGAAGUCCCUGUGGGAGCGAUCGGGCCACCUGCAAAACUACGCCGACGACAUGUACACCGUCACCAGCCGUGCGCGCGCUCCCGAGGAGAAGGCAGCUGGCUGCUGCGGGGCCGACGGCAGGAGCCCGCCGCACGAGGGCAGCGGCGAGACAGCCCGGACGGCCGAGGGCGAGGACGACGACUACGGCCUCAAGCCCAUGAACUGUCCGGGCCACUGCCUCAUUUUCGCCUCCAAGACUAGGAGCUACCGCGACCUGCCCAUCCGCUUCGCCGACUUUAGCCCGCUGCACCGCAACGAGAUCUCGGGGGCGCUUAGCGGCCUGACGCGCGUGCGUCGGUUCCACCAGGACGAUGGCCACAUAUUCUGCCGGCCGAUCCAGAUCCGCGAGGAAGUUUUCAAGACGCUCGACUUCAUGAAGACGGUCUACGGCGCGCUGGGGCUGGAUUACUUCGACUUCGCGCUGUCGACGCGGCCGGCCGACCACUACAUCGGCACGGAUGCCGAGUGGGAGCGGGCGGAGGGGCAGUUGCGCGAUGCGCUGGAGCAGGCCGGGCUGAAGUAUACCGUCAAGGAAGGGGACGGUGCCUUCUACGGCCCAAAGAUCGAUGUCAUGCUCCACGAUUCCCACGGGAAGUCGCAUCAAGCCGGUACGAUCCAGCUCGACUUCCAGCUUCCGCAGAGGUUCAAUCUCGAGUACAAAGCGCCGGCGCCCAAAUUGGAGGCUCAGGGGUUGCCGCUGGAGAAGGCUGACCCGGCCGAGCUCGAGACAUACGGGUCAGUCACACCCGUCAUGGUGCACCGAGCCAUCUUGGGCUCCGUCGAGCGUCUAAUGGCGCUACUGAUCGAGGAGUACAAGGGCAAGUGGCCCUUCUGGCUCAACCCCCGCCAGUGUGUUAUCCUGACCCUGAACGACACGGAGCCCGUGGUCCGUUGGGCGUCCGAGAUCAAAGACACCUUGACGGGUCACGACCGCGUGAGGGACCCGAACAAGCCGGUACAACCCCGUCCGACGGGUUUUGCGGUCGAUAUCGACGUGAGCCCACGGUCGCUGCAGAAGAAACUAGCAGAGGCGAUUGAGAAGGGGUACGGCCUCAUCGCCGUCGUGGGAAAGAAAAACGUCGAGAACCAAACCGUGACGGUACAAACGGGCGAGCGGCCCAGCGAGAACGGCGACAAGAAGAAGCCUCGGGAGGACCUGUCGGCCAUGGGUUUGCGCCUCAAGAUGCAAGAAAUGGUUGAGACGUACCAGUAG